GAUCGCCAUGUCCAAUCUUCCUUUCAAGAUGACAAGGAGGCGUGGGGCGUUGAUGAGGCAGAUCGUAUGUUUCGAUCCUCGGAGGGCGAGCUUGUCGGAUGUUUUGGCUGCUUGGGAGUACCUCAAGUCGCACAUAUUCGAGAUUCGCAGAUAUUUUCUUGUUCCUCUUGCGAUGAAUGAGCGAGAUUCGGAGCGACCGAGGAAGAAGAACCAAGAUGGUCGUAUUUGGGCUCUCUCAAGUCGCAGAUAUUCGACAGGGAAGAGAGGAAGCAGCAAUACCAAGCUCGCACCAGAGGUCUCAAUGCGUACGACCGGCACAGGAAGUUGGUUGAUGAUUUACGGUGCGUGUGGCUUCUUUCUUGUCUCGCAUCUCCCCUCUGAUAGAAUGGGAAUUCCGCUUUUGUCUGUGGGUUGCUGAAAUUUGCUGGGUAAUGUCGUGUCCGCGGAAGUUCUCUGUGUACUAAGCUAGUUACAGCUCAAGUUUCAGUUCGUGGUGGGAUUGGGUUAGCCGUAUGCUUUCCUCUGGAGUUGGGACUACAUGAAACGAUGCACAUUGAGAGCUAUUGAUGUGUGGUAUCCCCGUGGUCCUAUAUGAAUAAGAUGAUGAACAGUCCCCUCCAAUUAGAAGGAUGGGGGCUACUACAGUCAUCCUCGUAGCCUCGUCUUCGAUGUCGAUGGAAUUCCGACUGGCCUUCUAUCCUUAUUAUCUACGAUAAUUAUUUGUGAGGAUUUAGUUGAGUGGUACUUAGUUGUCUGCUGAAGUUGGAUGUCAACAAAGAGUGCAAAUAUCGAGCUCCUUAUUUGUAGGUUCAUGGUGUCCAACAGUAAAAUGGAUGAAGAAUGGUCCUUUUUUGUGAAGGAGAAGGUGUCUACACUUAUCCUCACAUAUUAAUUCUUUUGGGUAGAGUUCAUCUUAGGUUCUUAUUUUCAGCAAUGUUAAUUCUUAUGGUGAUACGGGUGUUCGCCAUAUUCGAGCAAUCCAAUUUGUGGAGGUAUGCUUGCUAUUUCUUCGUAGGCAAAGUCCCAGCUUACCAUCUUACGGGUUUUGCAGUUACUUUCUACGGCAAAGAAAGAUCGGCACAAGCUAAUUUGCCAGUAAAAACUGAUCAAGAUACUUUACGAUAAGGCUACGGAUAUUUUCAUCUUGUGUCCCUAUACGUUUUACAGCAAUUUGUAUAUGCAAUAUUUCUAUUUUGAGCCAGAGGGCGCUAGUUAUGCUUAUUUCGUUUUGAAGCACUAAUUAUACCUUUAUUGAGGACUAUAACUUAAGAGAGAGGGCAUAUGAUCAAAGCGAAAUGCAUCAAUGUUGG